AUGAUAGAAUUUGCCGUUGUUUAUUUAAUUAUUUCCCGUCCUGCUUUCUCCUCGUUUGGUCAGAUUGUCUUCCGCUUGCAGAUAGUAAUGGCGCGUGUCACAGAAGGAGAUCAUGAUAAACAAUUUGAAGCACUUUCUGGCAAAAGAGUUGCAGUGGUGGGUGCUGGUGUAAGUGGUCUUGCGGCGGCUUACAAGUUGAAAUCGAGGGGUUUGAAUGUGACUGUGUUUGAAGCUGAUGGAAGAGCAGGUGGGAAGCUGAGAAGUGUUAUGCAUAAUGGAUUGAUUUGGGACGAAGGAGCAAACACAAUGACUGAGGCUGAGCCAGAAGUUGGGAGUUUGCUAGAUGAUCUUGGGCUUCGUGAGAAACAGCAGUUUCCAAUUUCACAAAAGAAGCGCUAUAUUGUGCGGAAUGGGUUACCUGUGAUGAUACCGACCAAUCCCAUAGCCUUGGUCACAAGUAGUGUGCUCUCUACCCAAUCUAAGUUUCAAAUCUUGUUGGAACCAUUUUUAUGGAAGAAAAAUGACUCGUCCUCAAAAGUGACAGACGCAUCUGCAGUAGAAAGUGUAAGCGGGUUCUUUAAACGCCAUUUUGGACAAGAGGUUGUGGACUAUCUCAUCGACCCUUUUGUUGGUGGAACAAGUGCUGCGGAUCCUGAUUCCCUUUCAAUGAAGCACACUUUUCCGGAUCUCUGGAAUGUAGAGAAAAGUUUUGGCUCUAUUAUAGUCGGUGCAAUCAGAACAAAGUUUGCUGCUAAAGGUGGUAAAAGUGGUGAAUCAAGGGGUUCUCCUGUCACAAAAAAGGGUUCGCGAGGGUCAUUUUCUUUUCAGGGGGGAAUGCAGAUUCUUCCUGAUAUGUUGUGCAAAAAUCUCUCACAUGAUGAGCUCAGUUUGGACUCCAAGGUUCUCUCUUUGUCUUACAAUUCUGGAUCAAGACAGGAGAACUGGUCACUAUCCUGUGUUUCUCAUAAUGAGACGCAGAGACGAAACCUCCACUAUGAUGCUGUAAUUAUGACGGCUCCUCUGUGCAAUGUGAAGGAGAUGAAGGUUGUGAAAGGCGGACAACCUUUUCAGCUAAACUUUCUCCCCGAGAUUAAAUAUAUGCCCCUCUCGGUUAUAAUCACUACAUUCACAAAGGAGAAAGUAAAGAGACCUCUCGAAGGUUUUGGGGUACUCAUUCCAUCUAAGGAGCAAAAGCAUGGUUUCAGAACUCUGGAUCGUUGCCCUAGUGACCUUCAUCUAUAUACAACUUUUAUUGGUGGGAGUAGGAACCAGGAACUAGCCAAAGCUUCCACAAAUGAAUUAAAACAAGUUGUGACUUCUGACCUGCAGCGACUGUUGGGGGUUGAAGGUGAACCCGUGCUUGUCAACCAUUUCUAUUGGAGCAAAGCAUUCCCUUUGUAUGACAGCAGCUAUGACUCAGUCAUGGAAGCAAUUGACAAGAUGGAGAAAGAUCUACCCGGAUUCUUCUAUGCAGGUAAUCAUCGAGGUGGGCUCUCUGUUGGGAAGUCAAUAGCAUCAGGUUGCAAAGCGGCUAAUCUUGUGAUCUCAUACUUGGAGUCUUGCUCAAAUGACAAGAAACCAGAGGACAGCUUAUGAACAUUGCCAAAGUUCGUCCCUUUUUAAUCACUUAGUUUGUAAACUUGUAAAAUGUAACAAGCCGUGGGAUUAGCCAACAAACUCAGCAAAACCCAGGUUCUCAUAGACUUAGUGGUUCCAGAAUAAACGAUCCCAUAUAUUGUUUGGUCUGUUUUCUCAGUGGCCUCGAACAUGAUAAGAGUGAGGGAUUUUAGGAUCGAAGAAUCUCUAAAACCAGUAUUUUCUUAUCUUGAAGAUCUUAUUUCUGUUCUUUUGACAAGUUGGAGGGAAACGCGUUUGGUUUCUGGUGAGAAGUGG